UAUCGUAACGAUGGCAGCAGCCCUAUACACCAGUCUCAUUUCAACCGCGCGGAUAAGGCGAAGAUCCUCAGUGCUCGAUUUAAGCCUGUUGAUGGUCGAGCUCGCACCCUUCAUGUAUAUGAAGAUGGCACGGGGACCUUCGACAAGGGUGAU